UGACAAUUUUUCUUUUUUUUUCUCAGUUUUGUCACCGCUGUGCAGUUGUUUCUCUUGACACCGGUGACAGUUUGUUUCUUAUAAAUAUGGCGGACAUUGUUCUUCCAUGGCGACACCGCCCUGGAACUGAUAUGAUCUCCAAACUUGUUCUACAAGAAAACUCAAUCAUUAAUGUGGUCGUGGAAUAUCUAGUUGGAACCAGAGCCAAAGACAAGUACAGGACCAAUCCAACGGAAUGGAUUAACGGCACAAGAUCUGAUGUUCUCUUGACAUGUGAUGAUGAUCCUUCCUUGCCCCCUGUGCUCAUUGAAGUACAACAUGUGAAACAAUAUGGCGUGCUCCCAAUCGUUUUGAUAUUUCCUAUCACCUCAAUCAGAUUUGAUGUGCUAAACAGAACCAGAAAACGCAAGUCCCAUCCAUUACUUAUUCAUUACCCCUGCCUUCCAUGGGCCCAGUCUUGCUUCUUGGUUGAUCAAAAGGCAACAAAUUUGCAACAACCUUUGGUUCCAUUUGCGAGCCUGUGUAUAUUCUUGAUGCGACAAGAUUCAUCUCUUCUCAGCUCGCCAUACCACGCUGAUCGUACCAUGCAACUUUUGUACUGCCUGGCUCAACGUCAUGUAGGAACUACCAUUUUGGAUCAUGAUCAUGACAUUGCCGAUUUUUUGCACUUUUGUAAUGAAAUGAAGACUCGACUCGCGCAACUAUUACACCUUUUUCAGGAUAACGACCAUGAUGACAAGGUAUCGGUUUUGAAUGAUACAAUCAUGUUGGUAGACUCGUACCAAGAAAAAUAUAAACAGAAAUUAUCCACUGUCGCUGAUACCGAUCCUGAACCAUCCACUCUUGUUGAUACCAAUCCUGAACCAUCCAAUAUUGCUGAUACCGGUCCUGAACCAUCCACUCUUGUUGAUACCAAUCCUGAACCAUCCACUCUUGCUGUUACCAAUCCUGAACCAUCCACUCUUGCUGCUACCAACCCUGAACCAUCCACUGUUGCAGACCAUCAUCUUCGUUUGCAGAAUACCAACUGGGGAUUCGUGGAGAAUUGUAUUGCAAACCUUAACCAGGGAGAAUCCAUUUCUUGGAAUGUUGUGUAUCAACAAGGAAAAACUCAGGGAUUGUUCACCACCUAUUCCAAUGCUGCAUCCAUGAAACGAGCUUAUUACCGAUUUAAAGCUGUAAAAAAAUAAAGAUUACUGUGAUGUUUGAUUAAAUAAAAAUAAACGCUCUGGCGCUCCACUGGAGCUUUUCGAAAUCGAAGAUUUGUGUGGACUCUAGAUUUUCUUUGGAAGGUGUGGACUAUAGAUUUGUUUGGAAAGUGUGGACUAUAGAAAGUGUGGAUUAUAGUUUGUUUUUUUUUUUUUUG